CGUUAAAAGGCGUAGCCCAUACCAAAUCGACAAGAACGGGAAAAGCCAGCAAGCGACGGCGAGGUGUUAUGUCGGACCAGACGAAGAAGAGAAGGCGUGAAGCUACCAUAGAAGCGCCCUCCCUAGAGGAGAUAGGUGUCCCCUUCGCUCGCCGACAACGACUUGACGAUGGUAGCGAAGGGAGGUCCGUGAAAUCAGUGGAAAACUGGUCCACUGAUCAAGUCGCAGAACGUCUUAGAGAUCAUGGCGUAGGAGACGAUAUCCUGCAGUUGUUCCGUGAGAACAAGAUAGCUGGAAGACAUCUUGCAGGGCUGAGCAAGGGCGACCUGACCGAUAUGGGCGUUAGGUGGGGUUUCCUGUUUUGAUAGUUGAUUAGGUUACCUAAUUAGGUCAAGGUAUCCCCUUAUGUUGAAUAUUACUAUCUCACUGAUCAUUUUCAGGGCUGUUGGUACUCAGAAGGAUGUGCUAGAAACAGUAAAGACAAUCCUAUCACAAUGUAGGAAGAAGGAGCUUGAAAAGGUAAAGAUCAUUGGCUCCCUGUCUAAUUGCAAUCUUGGCCGACUAAU